AUGGAUAUCUUGGCCGUUCAACGCAUUUUAGACACCUGCCAAUCCAUUCAAUCCUCCAUACAACCGCGAGAACCCCUUAAUAUCCAUGUUGACUCCUCCUGCCCUCCCACCACUCCGGCCUUGUCGUUCCCCCCACUGCCCGACAUCAGAUCUGACAUUCACGCCAUCGGCCUCUCCACUCAAGCAGCAAACUUGUUGUCCGAAGUUUUCCGCUCCAAAUGUUCCCAACUUCAAGAAGUUCACCAGAUGAAACUCUCCAAAAUGCUCUCCGUUAGCUCCUCUGGACUGCAUGACAAAGUGGCCGCAUGUGUCCAGAAAAUGUACAUUCAGUGGGUAGCACAUUUCCGAGCCGAAGUCUUACGUUCUGCGACUGCGCGAUGCGACAAAUUACGCUCAACGUCGAUUAUGCCUCAGGAAAAGCAAGUGAAGACGUCGUUCAAUCAUGAUUAUGUCCCCGUUCUCGAGAAAUACUUUGAGUACAAUGCCUACCCAUCAGCAGCUGAUCGUGCGUUAAUGGCACGGAAAUCAAUGAUGACGGAGAGACAGAUUGAGGUCUGGUUCCAAAAUCAUCGCAAUCGCGCCCGCAAGGAUGGCAAAGCGCUUGCGCGUCUUCGAGCCUCGGACCUCCUUCCAUCUGACGUUUCUUUCGACUCGCUUGAUGAAACGAUGGGUGACCUUAUCCGCCCGGAAAGCGAGAGACUCAUGAUGGAGCAACAGGAGAACGAAGACGACGAUAGCGAUGGGAUUGAGUCAUUGGCGACGUCGUUCAACGUCGCUUCAAGUUCACGCGCAGGCAGUGUGGAUAGCGAGCUGGGAACGCCCGCGCCAUCUCCACAACCGCAACAGCCGACGCGGGAUCCUCUUAACCCGUUGACACCGCCAUUUGCAUAUCCUGCCCCUUAUGUCCCCCAACUACACACCUUCCUCGGUGCCACAUCUCGACCCGCAGCGUUCGCAUUUCCUCGACCAACAUGGGCCCGCCAAGCCUCCACCACGCGCUCAAACUCAACUUCAAAACUUUCCCGAAGAGACGUUGACGCUUUCGCAGAUCUAUUCGCCAGGUUGAGCGUUCGCGAGGGCGCGCAGAAGCAAGGUCGCCGCAGAAUCGCACCACUCCCGCAAUCAAGAAACUCGCCCGUCCCCCAACAGAGAUACACAAGCCCUGCUGCUACAUGUGCGAUUACUACCAUCCUUUGUCCUGGCCGUCAUCCCGCUCUCAUUCCCUCCGUUGCACCUCGUGCCACACGCCGUGCGCGAAAAUCCCCUUCAUCAGCACCUCCUCCAUACGAAUCCUGGAGGUCUUCCCCAGGCGCUGGACCUUCGAAACCAUCUACUUCAACAUCAUCGACAUCGACAACACCAUUUACGUUCCAGUCACCACCUCAAUACUCGCAAUCGGCCGCGCCCACCAGCCCACCAGUAAACGCAUUACCCAAAGCAUCAACGCCAACACCUCGCCGCCGAAAGUCUCCACAGCUUCCUCGACGCGUCCCGGGCAGUCCCCCGGUUGCACGCUCAUAUCCACAAACGCAGAAUCAGACUACAUCUCAUCCCACGCCCCAAAGGUCGCCCCGACUAAGUCACCACCCUUACGCUUCUCCCUCUCGGGCUUCCUCUUCUGCGUCAUCCUCCCCUAAUCACAGGGUAUCAUCCUCAUCUAGCAGCAGUGCUUCUUCAAGUACUCCUACAACACCUAACGGACCGACGAUGUCAUUACCAACAUCGUACCCUACCAACACCCCAAAGAACGCCAAACCUACGUCACCGGUGUUCACCGCGCAGAAUAUUGUCGAUAUCUUUGGCGACGCAGCUACAUUCACUUCGCCUAGUAGCCAAGGCUUUAGCGGCUUUGGCACCGCUGGGUUUGACUCACCAGACUUCGGGCGUAUGCCAAUGGGCAAUAUGUUCGAUUUCAAUUACAAUACCUCGCAUGGUCCGUCGAUUGUGCAGGCAAGAUCAUAA